AUGCCUUCCCAGCACCUACCCAGCACCCAAGGGACGAACAAACUCCGGCUAGCAUUCUACACACAGCCCCUCCCUAGUCCUCCCGCCAUCUCCAUUGAAUCUAUCCGCUACCAACGAACAAACGGGAGCCCAGCGAUCCGAACGGUGGCCGUAUACAGUACAGCCCUGCCCGCGUAUCCCAACAUGCGCAUCACUCUCAACGUCUUCAAUCCUCAUGGAGGAGACCAGGAUAGCCUGGUGACCCUCGAAGUCUUUCCCGACAUGACCGUUUCGACCCUGCGCGAGUCCGUCCUGUCCGAGGCAGGAAUCCCCCCGACGUCGCAACACAUCUACCACAACGGCCGACUCAUCUCGGACGAUGCCAAAACCAUGGAGCAGCUGCAGAUUGGCGAUGGCGACAUGCUGGCUGUCCAUGUUCGGGAUAUGCGAGGCAGCACGGGGCCUCCGGAGUCAGCAGGGCGGCCUCCAGCUGCGGCUCGUCAACAACAAAGCGCUGCUGCCACUCCCCCGGUUGGAGCCGAAAACGACACGGAGAUGCUUCGCCUCCAGAUUCUGGGCGACCCCGCCGUCAGACAGCAGCUGUCCAGGCAGCACCCAGAGCUCGCUGCAGCCAUCGAAGACCCCGCGCGGUUUCGAAGAAUAUUCCUAGACAGUCAAGACCGAGAGCGGAGAGAGCGGGAGAUGCGGCAGCGCGAGAUUGAAAGACUCAACGAAGACCCCUUCAAUGUUGAGAACCAGAGGAGGAUCGAGGAGAUGAUCCGCCAGGAGAGAGUCAUGGAGAAUCUGCAAAAUGCCAUGGAGCACAACCCCGAAGGCCAAGAAAUCUCGUUCCUGGGAGAAGCCGAGAUUCCGAAGGAGGAGGAGGCUAUUGUUCAGGAGCCUACUAUCCCCGGACCGGCAGGGACCGCGAUUGGCCAGAGAUCCGGAGCUGUCAUGCCUGCUGAAGAGGCCCCCUCGCAAACCCCUUCAAACCCUACGCCUGGAGCGCCACCACCACAGGCCCAGGCACAAGCACGACCACCGCAGCCGGCGGCACCCUCUGCCGGCGUUACACCAGCCCACAUUGACAGUCUCAUGGCCAUGGGGGCUACCAGGGAACAGGCAAUCCAAGCUCUCCAGGCUGCCGAGGAUAACGUGGAUAUGGCGGCCAGCUUGAUCUUCUUUUAA